ACGAAUCGCCAUCUUGCUUUGGAAUACUUCCGGGAGAAAAUGAGAGUUGACAGCCGCAGUCGAAGCACGGACCGAAAGGGUAGUACUAAAAGUAAGACUGCUGAUAAGAAAAGCAAAGGGCGCAAAAGACAAGUGUCCAGUAGCAGCAGUGAUAGUUCUUCAGGGUCCUCUGUAAGCCGCUCCAGUUCAUCAGAUUCGUCAAGUAGUUCUGGAAGCAGUAGUUCACGUUCAAGAAGUAGUUCUGGGUCCAGUUCAAGGAGUUCAUCGUCAUCAAGUCGAUCUAGUUCUAGCUCUGACAGUUCGCGUAGUCGCAGCCGUGGAAGGAAGAGACCUGUUAGAAGAUCAAGAGAAAAAUCUAGAUCUCCAAGAAGAAAGAGAAGAAGUCCUACACCAAAGCCAACAAAAUUACACAUUGGAAGACUAACACGUAAUGUAAAUAGAGAUCACUUGCUGGAAAUCUUUUCUACUUAUGGUAAAGUAAAAACAGUGGAACUCCAAGUCGAUAGAAUGACUAAUUUAUCAAGAGGAUUUGCUUAUAUAGAUUUUGAAAAUCAUGACGAUGCCGACAAAGCGAUGAAACACAUGGAUGGAGGACAAAUUGAUGGUCAGGAGAUAACUGCUGCUAUGAUAUUACAACCUAGACCAAGGCCUCCAGUGGCAAGACGUAGUCCUCCCAGAAGACCACCUCCAUGGAGAAGGUCACCUCCAAGAUAUAGAAGAAGAUCACCUCCUCGCCGAAGAACACCGCCUCGCAGAAGAUCUCGGUCCAGGUCACCUGUGAAAAGGCGCAGAUACAGUCGUUCGAGCUCAAGCUCAUCGCGAUAAUUUGCCUUUCAAAAACUCAUUUUUUAUAAGAUUUGUUGCAUUACUGUACAUUUGUGUAUCUUUGUUUUUUGCUCAAAGGUGUGUUUAUGAAAAUAUGAUCAUGGUGGAAGUCAGCAGGGUUUAAUAGUAUCCUGGUAUUGUGUGUGUGUAUUUUAAUGUGUAUGUUUUAUAAUUUAAUAGCAUCUUUGAAAGUCAAGUGUGAUAGGGUAAAAGUUCAAUACUGAUAACAUUCAAUAAUUAGAUUGACUAUCUUGAAUGUGUUUGAAGAUUUUUUGUCUGUCUGAUAGGUCACUUUCUGUAGUUUUAUCCAUGCCCUAUGUCAUAUGAAGAAUUCUUAAGGAAAUAAACAGUUAAAUUACAAAAA